AUGGAUACUGUUGCAAUGGAACAUUCCCAAGAUAUAGGUGUGAAAGUGAAAGGUUUCUUGAAAUGGACCCAAAAAAUUUACUGUAAAGGUAAGCACAAAUUGAUGGUAUAAAAGAGGCUUGGCUUUUGUGUUGCUUAUUUAACGUGUGACAGUAUAUCAAACAACAUUUGGCCUCACUCCUAGACGUAGGCAGAGUCAACUGUGAAGAUUUUGGGAAGACAUGGGCUCACGAUUGCAAGAGGUAAGUGAUUUUCCUUUUUUUCCCUUAGUCUUUUUUAUUGUCGCAGAUAUUAAGUGAUUUUUUUUUUGUUUUUUUUUUUUGCAUAUAGUAAGUGAUUUGUGUCCCAAGUUAUUCAGUCAUUCAUAACUGAUUUAUGUCCCAAAGAUGUACCAGCGCUGUUAGAUCUGUUGCACUAGAUCCUAUCAUAUAUAAGCUCGACUGUUUAAAACCUUUCGAUUAAGAGUCAUUAAAAUUGUACUAAGGCAAAAAGUGAACGAUUCUGGGGGGAGAGGGUCGUGCGCGUCUUUUAGGGGAAGUUUGGCAUUCCAAACCUUUCCAAACCUUGACUUGUAUAGCAUUGGUAGCAAAGCCUUUCAGUUCCCUUUUACAGUGUUCAAGACGAAAUAUAGCGCCUCGUGGGAUCAGAUUCGAGCAUAUUCAGUCAGAAUAGUUAGAAUGAGGUCUUGAAAAUUUGUCAGUAUAUUGUGCAUGCAGAGCACUGCAGCCAAUGUACAUGCCUUACCUACGAUUUCAAGUGGACCAAGAUACCGUAAUCAGAUAAUUUUAACGCUAGAUGUGGAAUUUCUUAAGGGAAAGUCCCCCGUCCUCCUCCCCACUCAAAGGGAAAACAAAUCAGGAAAAAAGGGAAAAUGUAUAAAUUACUGAGCUUUGGCGAUUACUUUCAAGCAAUAUUCAGCGCCAUAAUUUGGACAGAUAAAACAGUGAGAUGUUUAAGAUUGAAUUCUUCAUGAACUGAGGAGAACAAGCAAAAACGAAAAUCAGUUAAUCGAGCUUCCGGCCUGCACCUUAAAAAUGAGCAGCCGAAAAAACUAAAAGCUGUUCUCAGCUAAGCACGGUGUUUCUUCUUCGUGAACCAAUUUAAGUAACUGCAUGACUCUAAAAAGUUAAUCUAAGAACCUAUCAGUGAGUGUGAAUUUGGAAACAAAAAGCUCAUCAUUUGUUGAACAUUUUUAUUUUACAACAGCUUUUUGUGGCACUUUUCCUAAUUGGCAUAAUUCCAUCCUCUCUUCAAGUUCCUUCAUGUGCGAAAGUUCCUCUUACUUCUCAAAAGAUCCUGAAACGUCUACGCCGAAAUUUCAUGUUUGUCGAGAAACCUUCAGCUUCACCGCAGCCGUCCGUUGGGAUUCCAAGGCGGAGUACUCGUGAAGUCACUUUGCAGCUGCUAGGAUACUCAAAGUGCCCCUGGAGCUGGGCACAAGAUGACAACCCAAAUCGUUUUCCUCGAUUCCUGACCAAGGCCGUGUGUCCUAAUUGUAAGCACUUCUGCCAUGCAGUGAGGUACUCUCAUAGGGGCCUGGUACAGAAAUGUGAUGUCAGAACAGGGGAAGUGGUUUGGAAGUGGGCUGUAGUUGAACUUCCGGUAGCAUUCUUGUUUGAUCCAUGA